AAGAUGGGCUGAGCAAGAUCCACUGACACAGGUAUUUCGGCUGCGCCCCACACCCCAUCUGGUGCUUGAGAGCGCGCGUGAAUGUAUCGAUUGUUUUAAUUGAUUUUUUAAAAAGCCAGGUGGCGGCGGCUGCGAGUGUUUAUACAGAGAUAUACACAUAAACAAAUACAGAUACCCAGCGGCACAGAGAUUACACAUACAGGAUCAUGAACAAGGAAACACACACGCGCGCGCACACACACACGUCCCCCGCCCCCUCCAAAGAGCCUCGAGUAACCUGUGGUCUCCUAGUAUAGCCCGAGAGGUGUGGGGGAGGGGCUGAGGGGAUGAUAAAGGGGUGAAAAAGGACUUCCAGAAGGUCAAAUGGUGCUGUUCUCUCUGCCCCCGACCCAAAUCCUUUCCUUUCUCCUCCUGAACCAGAAAUUCCAAACCUGGACUCCUCUCCACAGCCCCAGAAGGCACAGCUCUGUUCCCCAGUUGCCCAAACCCUACCGACUGCGAACAAGUCCCUCCUCUUUGUGCUUGGCACCAGGGCGCAGAGGUCGCUCAAAACCAAGGGAGCGGCCACCCCGAGGAAUGUAAUCGAGGAUGCUGGCCCUGAGGCUGCUCAACGUGGUGGCCCCCGCCUACUUCCUGUGCAUCUCCCUGGUGACCUUCGUGCUGCAGCUCUUCCUCUUCCUGCCCAGCAUGCGCGAGGACCCCGCAGCUGCCCGCCUUUUCUCGCCCGCCCUGCUCCACGGAGCACUCUUCUUAUUCCUCUCAGCUAACGCCCUCGGCAAUUACGUCCUGGUCAUCCAGAACUCCCCAGACGACCUGGGCGCCUGCCAGGGGACCUUGGCCAGGAGGGCUUCGUGCCCCUCGCCCAGCACCCACUUCUGCCGAGUGUGCGCUAGAGUCACCCUGAGGCACGACCAUCACUGUUUCUUCACCGGCAACUGCAUCGGCAGCAGGAACAUGCGCAACUUCGUCCUCUUCUGCCUCUACACCUCUCUGGCCUGCCUCUACUCCAUGGUGGCCGGGGUGGCCUACAUCUCCGCGGUCCUCUCCAUCUCCUUCGCCCACCCCCUGGCCUUCCUCACGCUCCUACCCACCUCCAUCAGCCAGUUCUUCUCUGGAGCUGUCCUCGGUUCUGAAAUGUUCGUCAUCCUCAUGCUCUACCUCUGGUUUGCCAUCGGCUUGGCCUGCGCUGGCUUCUGCUGCCACCAGCUGCUGUUGAUCCUCCGGGGGCAGACUCGCCACCAGGUGCGGAAGGGGGUGGCAGUGAGGGCCCGGCCUUGGCGCAAGAACUUACAGGAGGUCUUCGGGAAGAGGUGGCUGCUAGGCCUGCUGGUUCCCACGCUCAAUGUUGGAAGCGAGAGCUCCAAGCAGUGGGAUAAGUAACAGACAUACCCAUCAUUUCUCCCUCUCUCUGUCUCGACUCCUCCUGAACCUAAGACCACAGCACCCUUUUCUCCACCCAAGACUCAUUUUAGCCUAGUGCUUGUAGGGUCCUAAUAUCCACCCCUGUGCUUUAAACGAUAGAGAACAGCAUGGGCUGGUAGAUCAGGGAUUGCUAGGCUCCUCGUGGGCCAGCCAGGCGGCUGCUAGCUGUCAGGAGGCCUCUGCUUUUGCUUCUUUUCCUUGAGAUCCGGGUUUCCCCUCUUUGCCUGGCUCAUCCACUCUCUGCCAUGUCUCAUAUCAUCACGCUGUGUGCUGGAGCCCUUCAACAGUCCCCAUGUUGAGAGUGGGAAGUGGAUUCUUGCUGCUGGUCUGAGAUUCCUGGG